GACAAACAUCUCUUCUAAUUUUAGGCCCUUGCCCUGUCUUCCCCGUGCUCCACCGCCGCCCUCGCGAAACCCCUAAGCCGCCCUCCGCUCGCGCCGCCCGGCCGCCACCGCACACCUCGUCGCGGCCAUACUCCUCCCACCUCCCCGAUCUCGCGCCGCGACUUUGCUCCAGCCGCCGGAGGGCUAAGCAACGGGCCCUAACUCAGCUCCCCCAGCCGCUCCCAGUCCCGUGCUCUGCCCUACCUUGCUCCAGCCGCCGGAGUGCCGCAGGACAGGGAGAUGAGGCCACCGCUCCGCCGCCUCCCCUCCUUGCUCGUCCGCGGCCUCCGUCGCCAUCUUCCUCCCCGCUCGAAUCUUCUUCCUCGCCGGCGGCCACAGUGCCCAUCUUCCGCUCUUCCCGGAGCUUCUUUCUCGUCGGCGGCCCCCUUCCCAUCUCCCCCCUUGCCUGCAUCUUCUUCCUCGCCAGCGGCCACCGUUGCCGUCCCCCUCCGCACCCGUAUCGCGGCCGUAUUUGCCAAGCAUCCCUGCCGCAUCCCGAAUUCUUUCGUUUCUUGUAUUAAAUCACAGAACAAGAGAUACUCAGGGAUACGCGUAUCCCCACGCGUCCUGGCGCAUCCCCCUGUCGUGUGCGCGCCGCGCAGGGGCAUCGCGUCGCUUUCGAGUUUGGUGGGUGACUGCUCUACUUCUGGCUGCGCCCCCCAGAGCAUUGAAGAUGACCGCGACAACGACGACGAUCUUGAUUCCGAGAAUUGGGAUGGCAACAAUGAUGCUGCUGGUGGGAGUGAGCCCAACUCUGAUCGUUCUGAUGAUGAGGCUACGGGCAGCUUCUUUGAUUCCUUUGGACAGAGAAAGAAAGUGAGACUCAUGGAAGAGAGCAAUAAGAAGAGGAAGCGAUAUGGAGGUGAAGCACAAGGAAAUCAACCUCCUUUUGAUGGUAGCCAGGACGACCCAAUGCCUCUUCCAAAUCCAAUGGUCGGGUUUAAUCUGCCUAGUGACAGGCUACGGUCAGUUAAGAGAAGGCUUACGAAGCAAGCUACUGGACCCCCCUUUUUUUAUUAUGAGAAUGUGGCCUUAGCCCCUAGAGGCGUAUGGAGAACUAUUUCAAGAACCUUAUAUGACAUCGAACCAGAAUUUGUGGAUUCUAAGUACCUUUGUGCAGCUGCCAGAAAACGAGGUUAUAUACACAAUCUACCAAUUGAUAACAGGUCACCUCUCCUUCCCCUCCCCCCAAAGAAUAUAUUUGAGGCGUUCCCUGAUUAUGAGAAGUGGUGGCCUUACUGGGACCCAAGAAGGCAGCUAAACUGCCUGCUGACGAGUGUGGCAAGUGCAAAGCUGACAGAACGCAUCGAGUAUGCUCUUGCAAGCUCAGGCAGUCUACCAUCUCCAAGUGUUCAGAAGUAUGUCACGGAUGAAUGCAGGAAAUGGAAUCUUGUGUGGAUUGGAAAGAACAAGGUUGCGCCUUUGGAGCCUCAUGAGAUGGAGUAUCUACUUGGUUUCCCAAGAGACCACACGAGAGGAGUAUGCAAGAUGGAGAGGUACAAAGCUCUUGGCAACUCAUUUCAAGUGGAUACAGUUGCUUAUCACUUGUCAGUGUUGAGAGACAUGUUUCCUGAUGGUAUAAAUGUGCUGUCUUUAUUCACUGGUAUUGGAGGAGGAGAAGUAGCUCUGCACAAGCUUGGGGUCCACAUGAAGACAGUGGUUUCUGUUGAGAUUUCUGAAGUGAACAGGAGGAUUUUCAGAGGUUGGUGGAAUCAGAAUCAAACGGGUGGCAGUCUGAUUGAGAUUCCAGACGUGGAGACUCUCACUAAUGAUUCAAUCGAGUCAUUAACUAGAAGAUUGGGUGGUUUUGACUUGAUAAUUGGAGGCAGCCCAUGCAACAAUCUUACUGGCAGCAACCGUCACCACCGUGAUGGUUUACAGGGCGAGCAAUCUGCUCUGUUCUACGAGUACUCGAGAAUACUGAAUGUUGUCAAGUCCGUUAUGGCGAGGAUGUAGCCUAUCAGCCUAUCCGUUGUAGUGGCUGUUUGUUCAUUUAGUGUUUAUCUCUAAGAAACUGAAUGUUCAAGUUUAAACAGAGCUGAUGUGGAGGAGGUUUA